AUGUCCAGUCAACCGCUCCUCCAAACCGCCCCAGGCAAGCGGAUUGCCCUCCCCACGCGGGUCGAACCCAAGGUCUUCUUCGCCAACGAGCGCACCUUUCUCUCAUGGCUCAAUUUCACAGUGAUCCUGGGCGGAUUAGCAGUCGGACUGCUCAACUUUGGCGACCGGGUCGGUCGCAUCUCGGCGGGACUGUUCACAAUCAUCGCGAUGGCGGCGAUGAUUUAUGCGCUGGUGACGUUUCACUGGCGGGCGCAGAGUAUCCGCAAGCGCGGCCAGACGGGGAUUGACGACCGGUUUGGACCGACGGUGCUGGCGGUGUCGCUGCUGGCGGCGGUGGUGGUGAACUUUAUCCUACGAAUGAAGGAGUGA